UCAACCGCAAGCCAGAGCUCGUUCUCGCGUAAAACCAUUAGCGAAUCCAGCUGGGAGCCUCCCGCUUAUCUCAACAUGCAUUGCUUAAGCAGGCAGAGUACUUUUUAUCUGGUGAACGCACACUGUGACGUAAAGGAGGACAAUGACACAAGGAAGGAGCGCUAUGAUGCCACCUGGCUGGAUCUGGUCAUGGAAACAAGACCAGAGGAGAAGAUAACUCUGUUCGAGAAGGACACCUUGCGCAAGGAGAGCUACGAGAAGAAACAGGUGGCGCAUUUUCUGGUGCAAAGAUCCCCCAGCCAGAAGCUCCGGCUGGGCAGACAUGGGGAGAAGAUGACAGAGUAUCAGCUGUCCUACAAGAACGUCCUACCCGUGCCCAUCUUCGUGCCCAGCAAACCCGUGUCGUCCAAGGACUCAAACCGCGCCCUCACCCCAACGGAGCUCCAGUCUAUCAUGGAGUACGAGAGGGCACUGUCGAGUGGCAUGUGUGCGGAAAAGAGAGAGGUCUCGCAUAUCACCAAAGACAUACCAAAAGUCGUGCAGCCCGCCCGCGUGAGCUUCAGAGCAUCUACUCUAAUCUCUCCGCCUCGUGGGUCCUCUCAAAGCCCGCUGAGGCGCUAAUGCGGAUGUAAAAUCGGAGAUACAUACCUAAUUAGUGCAGUGACACCAGAAUUUGCAGAUAGGUUGGUGGAUGCAAUGCACGGAAUGGUGCUACUUUGUUAUCGAAAUAUGUUAAGGUGUAUAUUUUGUCCGAAGGCAAGGGUCACAUUUUUGGAUGGUUCUAUGUACGUGGUUCAGUGUCUAUGAAUGAGUUUUAGAACUUGAGAAAUUUAUUUCUUCCAGGUCUUUGUGUGAGCUGCUAAGGGAAGCUUUGAUCACAGAACAUGAUCCGCUGUCAACACAGUGGAACUCCUGAUUAGUGGUGAAAGGAAGGAAGGUGGAAUGUAUGGAAAUGUCAGUGUAACAGCAAUGAUUCCCAGUCCUGAUCCCGGGGACGCAUCGUGUAUGCUGGUUUUCAUUUCAACGCAGCUCUCAACUAAUUAGGUUAUAUUUAGCUGCUAAAUGAGUACUGAUCUCUAUUUGUCGUCCCUUGAAUAUCUGCUGACAGAUCUCUGUUACAGAUACACCUUAUUGGAAAUAGGUUUGCUCUAAAAAUAUACGUGUGAGAUAUUUCUAUGUGUAAAUUCUGAAUUAAUUCUUUAAACAAAUUAGUGCCACAAGUACUACCUUAAUUGAUUAAGAAUAAUUAACUGUUUGAUAGGGCCUAGAACAAGAAAUUGAACAACUAAUUAUAUUUCAUUAGGACAGCUGUACUAAAUUUGUUGGGCAGAUACUCACAAAAUAGGUUGAACAAAUAACUUUCCUUUUUAUAUUGGUGCAAACACAUCUUUAACAGCACAUUUCGCUGACAAAUAAUUUAUUGUACAAAGAAAUAUACUGAUAUAAAAACUGUAUGUAUUUAUUGAAAUAAAGAGAAAUGUUAAGAUAACUACUCAAGGGAAGGCUGAGCUGGAAUGAACACCAGCAAACACAGGAACACAGUUGGGAAACAUUGUUCUAGAGACAGAUCAACUGCAAAAAAAUCACAUCGGUUAUGAAUGUUACAUGCCUGUCUUUACACCCCUUUAUGGUUUUAGAAAUCAAUGUCUUAACAUGUGCUGCUAAAAACAGCAAUAACAAAAAACAUCAUUUUGUCAUGGUGAAAGGAAACGUACAGUUGAUUUGUAUACUUUUUAAUGUAAACAAAUGCUAUGUCCCCAUUGAAGCGUAUUAUUUUCCUUUCUUCAGAGUAAUUGGUUUUGUAAGAAAUAAUCUUGAAACAACACAAUUCUUGAGGCACUCAGGAAUUUUAUUUAUAAAUUUAAUCUGUUCUUGUUAAAAAGAUUUUUAUUGCAGUAUCGUAGUAUUCUUUACAAUUCCAUUGCGGUUAAUUGCAGUUGUUAAUUCAGCAGAGAAAGUUACAGAAACACAAACUGAGCAAAAAGGUAUGCAAAGGCAAGGUUUGGGCAGUAAGCUUGAUUUACACUUUAUCCAGUAAAUGAAGCUUGUGAGUAAUUAUACUAAUUAGCCUGUAUAUAUUGGAAAUAAAGCAAUUUUCUCACUAAUAUUGAUCAUUCUUAACAAUAUAUUCACAUAUCCAGUGAGUUCAAGUCACAAAAAAGUGCUUUUGGACAAACAGAGUAUUAUCACCUAAGCACUUCCUAAUCAACUUAUACUAAAAUAUCUUUUAAGUAUUGUCCUCACCGUGAAGAAUUUUCCUGCCUGAUACCUGACCAGGACUACAUUAUAAGAAAGUAAUGUGAUAAGCUCGGUCACCCUUACAAAUAAAAAUUACACUGCUCCAAA